AACCCGGUUUUCUCCCAGCGUUAAGAGCUCGUUUCACAACCUCAGAGUGCCCCCUGCGGGCGAGCAUUACCGCCUGACCAGCACCCACGGCUGGCAGCAUCAUGGACGAGGAAACACGGCGCCGGUUUUGCCUUGCGGCCCGGCUGAGCCGAGCACCCCCGGGUGAGGAGAAUCCCGCUACCUGCACGUUGGGCCGGUUCCUUUUGGUCGCUCCCUCGAAGGCCAGUAGAUCUGAAUGGAGUCUCAAUAUCUGAAGAGAUGCCUGGGAAGUUGCCUGACAAAGGGACUGGCAGAGGUUGUAGAGCAUCGCCCAGCAGACCCGAUAGAGUACCUGGCACAUUGGAUUUAUAAUUACAAGAGAAUCUUAGAUGAAGAAAAAAAGAGAAUGCAGGAGAGGAUUGAGCUGGAAAAAGAACGGGAGGCAGCCCAGGAAGAACUUGAAAUGUUAAGAAAAAUGAAGGAGGAAGAGCUAAUGAUUCAGCAGAAACUCGAAGAACAACGUCAGAGGCAGCUGGAAGAAGAACGGGCGAAGCUAGAGCUGCAGAAUGAAGAAGACAAGAUGCAGUUGCAGCAGAAGGAUCAAGAGGAAACUGAAAAGACAAUUGCUGAACUUACAGAUAGAAUGGGAGCACCUAAUUUAACCACAGUUGAGGAGCUAGACGAGGGUGGACAGUUUGAGACUGCAACAGAUGUCAUGGCAGAACCAGAAGAAGAAAAUUCCCAACCAAUCUGAAAGCAGCAGGAGAUCUACACAUGAUGAUAGAACACUAUCUUACCUUUUUACAAAUAUUUAACAAGUCAAAUUGUCUGCGAAGAGAAGCCAAAUUAAACAUUACCUAACCCUACACUGGUUUAGAGUCCUGGAAGAUGUCCUGGAAAACAACAUGCUGAGGUGCUUCAUGGCCAUAAAGCAAAUGUGUUUCUUUUGAUAGUAAAACCACACCUGGAAGCAGUUCAAACUGGAGGUUUUACACAAGUUAUGUGAAAUGCAGCUGUGCAGCAUUUCUAAAAUACUAUUAGCAGUGAGGCUAUUGUCAUGAAGGGUGACCUUCCAUAGGUCUCAAGGACAAAUGCAUUUAACUAGGCAGAAAAGAGUUCAAUAGGAAGAACUGCAAAGGCAAAAUAAACAGUGGGACUACAAACUCAUUACUUGUGUGUCAAAUUACUUGCACUCUUCAGCAUUUUAAGAACUUGUGAUUUUUAUUUUUAAAUAAGGUAAUAUGAGAGGAAUAAGGUUAUGUGAGAGGCCAGUUUCUACAUUUUGCUUAAGUGUUACCUGAAAAAAAAAAAAGUCUAGUCCCAAACUACAUUUUCUGUUCUUAAGUGGCAUUGAAAAACAAGACAAAGCAAAAACAGAAGCAAGAGAGAGUGGAAGUUACAGAAUGACCAUUCAGUCUUGUCUACUUUUGCUGGAGGAUUGCUCAUAGAAUUAGAAAGAGAACUCUUAUGUGUACAAAAUGAGGUUUUGUCAGAGCUGUUUCAUCCGUUCCCCUCAUGUCUUUCUGUGUUUCCAUGGAGAAAGGCAUUUGCAUUUAAGAAUGAAUGAAUCUCACCAACAUUAUUUUACUUUAAAAGUUAAUAUAAUUUUUCAAUGUUACUGAUUAACUAGAGUUAAUCUAAGUAGUUACUCUUUGGUCUUUUUUUUUUUUUCUUUUUUUCUUUUUUUUUUUUUAAUUCCAUUUUUCUAGGUGUUAUUAAUGCAGAAUUUAUUCAGACAGAUAGAAUCCUAGUGUCAGUGGGGUGAUGACAGUUUACUCCAGAGAAAGCUAUGCCUCAUAACAUGUCUGAUAUGUGAAUUCUGCAUUAUUAAGUUAAACCAGUGCUUUUCAUUCUCUGGCAUGAAUUCUGUGCGAAAGAAUACCAAGAGGUUGUUUUUUUGAAACAAACUAUUCCAUUUCAAUGAUCAUUAGAAGGGGGCCAGUGCUACAGCAGAUUACUGGGGAACAUUCACAGAAGUUGAUCAUCAUUUUCAGGAAUGUUGGUAGAAAGUAAAAAAUUCCAAUGAAUUCUUACGUUAAUAUGUAGCAAUGCAGAAAUUUGAAUCCAAGGGACUAGUCAUUUAGAAUAAUACUGACAAAGAGUUUGAAGUAAACUAAAUUUUUAAACUGAAGAACAGUAAGGAUGUCAGUGCUCUCAAAAUUGCAGGGGCUAUGGUACAAGCAGCAUGUCAUUUGUUCCAAUCCAACUAUCAGGUACUUUAACAUCUGAGUGAAUGAUUAAGAGAGUAUGAUUCUGUGUUCAUUGAAGUAAAGGGAGAAUUUGAUUUUGGUAGAUCAAUGGUUCGGUCUGAGGUUGAGACUAGAAUGAUAUCUGUAAAUGAAUUAAGAGUAGUUAAACUUUUUUUUUUUCUUUUGUUUUGCUUUGUUUGUUUUGUUUUAAUGAUGCUGGGCAUUUUCUGUGUCUGCCUCAUGUAGAUAUUUACACUUUUUUUUUUUUUGUAUACAAGCUUACACAAAAUGCUCUCUGUGUUCAUACCUGUCAUACCAUCAGCAUAUUCCAAAUAUUAGCCAUCUGACUGAAGACAUUUUCGGUAGCUGAACUGAAUACUGAGUACCCAAUUGUGGCAGUUAGUGUAUUUCUGUGGGUUACAGAAUGUAAUAUGAGAAUAUGAUUCUUGAAAGUUAAGCUGGAUCUUAAUUAACAGAAAAGAAAACAAAUGAAAAGGAAGGCUAAAGUUGAAGGCAGAGGUGUGCAUAAAGGAGAAAUGUGUCAUGUGCUAUAUCUUAUCAGGUGUCUCUUGUCUCAAAUGUGCAAAAGUAAUGUAUGAAAAGGAAAAAAAUAUUUCAGGAGAGAAUGCUACAUUUCAAGAGAUGAAAAGGGAACAGUAAAAUACAGUUGCAUGAUGCAGAACAAACUUCUCCCAGUCUUCUGCUACAAAAGGCGUGCAUUUACAGAUCUUUCAUCUAUCCCUGUGAAACCACAACACACGGUUGGAAACACAACACAGAUCCCAGAACAAGGGGAGACACAAACUGAAGAAGCAGCUAAACUGAACUGUCACCAGUACUCCUGGAUUACUUCAUUUUCAUUAGAGUUCCUAUGGUAUCCAAUCUUGUAUAGGUUGAAUCUAGAAUGUUGCCAAGAACAAAGUUAAUUAGUGAAAUAUCCCCAAAUUAACUUACUCCCCUACCAAGAAAUGGGCUCUUCCAUUUUCCUCACAUGAUUAUCUGGGCACUUUCACUUUUCCAUAUAUAGGAGCAGCCCAGAGACUGACAGAUCAGGCUAGGUAGGGAUACAGACUUCAGACACAUGCAUACUCCUUGCAUGCACGCACAGAUACCAGCCCAUUCCAGAAUCACACGCUGAAUUCAAGUUAGUGUUACAGGUAGUGAGUGAAGACGGUGACAGUCCUGCUAAUAAAGAACCUUCAUCUUUAACAGAAGGCACUAAGGCUAGAACUCU